AUGCGAGACAUUCCUUCUUGGAAGGAAAGCAAAAGGCGAAAGAAGCAAGAUGCAGAGGCAGCAAAGACUAAGUGGCAGAAACUCCAAAGGUCUUUCAGCCAUUACCAGAUUUUUAUCCCAGAGUCACAAAGAAAUACCAGUGGCGUCCCUAAGAUGGUAUCCGUUGACCCAAAUUUAUUCACCCAAGGGACCGUGUUAAGUAUUCAUAACAUCUGCUAUCAUCAAGAAGAAGUGAAGAGCAACUUUCUACUUUGCCGCCGAGAAACGUUUCAGAGAGGAAUACUAACAAAUAUCAAUGGGAUCAUGAAACCAGGCCUCAAUGCUAUUAUGGAAUGCACAGGUGUAAGCAAAACUUUCUUGCUGGAUGUCUCAGCUGAAAGGAAAGAUCCAAGUGGAUUAUCUGGAGACAUUUUGAUUAAUGGAGCCCCUCGACCUGCCAAUUUCAAAUAUAAUUCAGGUUUUGUGGUUCAAGAUGAUCUCGUGCUCAGCACCUUGACGGUGAGAGAAAACUUAGCAUUCUCAGUGGCUCUUCGGCUUCCAACAACUAUGAAAAAACAUGAAAAAGAUAAACGGAUUAAAAUGGUCAUUGAUGAGUUAGGUCUGGAUAAAGUGGCUGAUUCCAAGUAUGUUGACACCCAAUUCGUGAGAGGCAUAGCUGGAGAAGAAAUAAAAAGGACCAGUAUAGCAAUGGGGCUGAUCACUGAUCCUUCCAUCUUGUUCCUGAAUGAACCCACAGCUGGUUUAGACUGGAGCACAGCAAAUGCUAUCUUUUCACUCCUGAAAAAGAUUUCUGAGCAGGGACGAACAAUUAUCUUCUCCUUUCAUGAGCUUCAAAAUUCCGUCUUCAAUCUGUUUGACAGCCUCACCAUAUUGGCUUUAGGAAAGCUAAUGUUCCAUGGUCCCACAGAGAAGGCUUUGACAUACUUUGAAUCAGCAGGUUACCUUUGUGAGCUCUACAACAACCCUUCAGACUUCUUCAUGGAUGUCAUCAAUGGAGACUCCCCUCCUGUGAUAGUAAACAGAAAGAAGGUCUAUGAAGUCAAUGAGGCUGGACAGCUGUUUAUGAGAAAACUGCGAAUGAUCGACAAAUUGGCUCAGUUUUAUACCAAAUCCCCUCUCCUCAGAGAAACAGAAACUGAAUUAGAGAAACUUUCAGGUGGCCAGAAUUACGGGAGCCCAUCCUUCAAGGAGAUUACAUAUGUCACCACCCUCUGCCAUCAGUUCAGAUGGAUUUUCUGGCAUUCAUUUAGAAAGUUGGUGGGUCAUCUGUGGCCCUGGAUACUUCAGAUAAUUAUUGCAUUGAUACUGGGACUCAUAAUAGGUGGCACUUUCCUUGCGCUAAAAAAUGACUGUACUGAAAUACAGAAUAGAACCUGGUCACUCUAUGUGCUGACUGUGUUCCAAAGUAUCAUGAGUAUCUCAGCCAGGGAUAUUUUCCUGAUGGAGAGGAAUAUUUUUAUACUUGAAUACAUCAGUGGAUACUACCAAGUGUUAUCUUACUUCCUUGGAAAACUGGUAUUUGAUUUACUAUCAAGAGUUUUUUUCCCAAGUUUUAUAUUUACUCUUGUGGUAUACUUGAUGUUAGGGCUGAAACGGGGGAUAACAGCUUUCCUCAUCAUAAUGAUUACUGCUUUGAUGGUGAAUUAUACCGCCACUUCCAUGAUCUUGGCUAUAGGAAUACAUGAGAAUGCAGCAUCUGGAAAAACACUUCUGGUGACUUCAUAUUUUGUGUUUAUGCUGGUUUUCUUGGGUAUGUCAUUGAAUUCUGAAACCAUGGCACCUCAGCUCUCCUGGCUUCAGUACUUCAGUAUUCCUCAUUAUGGCUAUAUGGCUUUGCAGCAUAAUGAGUUUUGGGGAAGAAAUUUCUGUCCAACACUGAAUAUAACAAACGACAAUCACUGUCCUGGCUAUGUAAUAUGUUCUGGUGAAGAAUUCUUGUUAAUGCAGGACAUAGAUCUCUCACCUUGGGGCUUAUGGAGGAAUCAUGUGGCUUUGAAUAUUCUGAUAUUUAUCUUUCUCAUAAUUGCCUACCUAAGAAUGUUAUGCCUUAAAAGAAAUUCUUAAAUUUCA